AAAUAUCCGUUAUUUCCCACGCCACAAGGCGUCGGAAUGUACGCCUCACAUUCCGACGGUAAUCAAAACCACUUGUAGGAAACAUUGAAAACCUUUUGCUAGUUCGGCCUGCUCUAUCUCUGCUGCGCUUGGCUAAAGAUCUGUUCUUAACGCUUGGUAAAUAUAUACACUGGUGUGAGUUCUUUGCUGCCAGGAAGGUAUAUAUAUAUGCAGGCAUUUACAUACAAGUAUAGUUAAUCACCGUUUUACGGGUCAAUCCCGGAGAGCUGGCCACUGGAGCGAAGAUAGGGCACGCUUCGCUGGGCUUCUGUUUAUUUUACAGAUUGGUAUCUCUUACUGCUGCGGCUUUCUGUACAGCGAGACCGGGGGAGCACGUUAUUUAUUUAGCUCAUGGCUGCGAAUGCGGUGUCUGCGUUAAACGGUAAUACAGAAACUUUCCGUAGCUAGAAGUGAUUUAUGCGGAAAGAAAUUAAAUAGCACAAACAGUCGUGCCUACUUUUCAGCACGCGUGUUUACGAUUACAGAAUCUGUAAGGCAGAUAAGCGCAUGGCAUUCUCGUAAAAGCAAUUUUGUGUUCGAAAUGUUGUUCUUUGCGAUCAUCAACUUAGCUGAAACUUAUCUUUCGUGUUUUUCAGUUUGUUUCAGCGGCGAUGUUUUCAGGGUGAAAAUUAUUUAAAUUGACGUUGCUAAACUGGAGUGGUUACCCGGGUUUAGGACUGUGACGAUCACAAACUGUAUUUUCGUGCAAGCUGCCAAGAAAAGGAAUUGACGACCCGCUACAGAGGAAUCUGCGACCAUGAGUUAUCUGUGGCGACAAUGUGCUACUUGCACCGUUGGAAUAACCGGACGGGCGGCAGCAUAAAAUACCAGUCAACUUGCGCACAGAUCAAAAACAUUGCAUUGGUCUAUAGCUCGCUUUUCUUCUACUUUUCAAUUGUACUUAUUAGUUUGACGAUGUGCGCUGACGGUACAAGUGUGGAGUAUAUGAGUAAACCAGAAACAGUGAGAAUCGCUGUUAUGGACUUAUCAGAAAAGCGGUAUUUGUGCUUGCAUCGACAAAGAAUGUAUUAUACAGUGAAGGCAUGUCGCAAUGAAACUUUGAGUGAUCCAAAUGUAUAUGCACACUUCAACAUCUCCGGCAAAGAGACACGUGGUGCAUUCAAUACGUCACACUUGAAAUCAGGCGACCAAGUGGUUCUGUCCGUGACAUUAGAAAAUGGGAAGAAACUUAACUUAGCGUGGUCAGAUAGUCGCCUGAUUGCUUACGACUUCUCUAGGGAUGAUAUUGUGAUUCAGCUUGAUAAAUAUUUCCUCGUGGAAAGCCAUGGGUCACGUAAUGGGAACACAUCUAGUCAUCAAGACUCUGGUUUAUUUCGCUUGUAUUCAAACGCCCGGAGCUGCAGCGCCUUCUACGAGAAUCCCCGUGUCACAUACGUAGGUGUAAAACGGAUUGGAAGCGUGUUUCUACAUAAAGUGAGACGGGUGCCGACCAGGGGUGGAGGGGAAUACCACUGCGGAGGGAAUGCUCAGAUUCGGGUGUGCAAGCAGUGUCGGGACGAAAAAAACGAAACUAAAGAGCUGAGAGCAAAUUGGAAAGAGAAGUGUCUCGAACUACGGAGGACCUGUGACGUAUCGCCGAGUCGUGCCGAUAUCGCGCGGUUUAACAAGGAUACAGCUCUAUUUCGCGUCGAACCGUACCGGUGACGUCAUACCUCGUCACAGCCGGUCAAUUGAGCAGUGGUGGCGAGGUAAAAGGUCAAGUAGAAGCGGUAGUCGGAGCGGGCAGGUUCACGAAAGGCCACACCCAUCUGAGUGUCGGCAUCCGACGCGAAGUAUAAGCAGAGCUUGAUAAGCUUAUUUAAAGAUAGGAAUGAACUUAAUCCGAUCAGAAGCCCGGCGAAUGCAGAUCAACAAGUUUCAAAGGAUAUCUCGGGGAAGAAACUCAUGCCGACCGAUUCGUGUUUGUUUAGUAGAUGCAGCAUUGCCAAGACCAGCCGAACAAAGCGCUUACUUCAAACAUAGCGGAGUGCAUGGAGUUGCCCGGGGCACGCUUACAUGUUGUUGAUACCAUCGACAUUGUUUGUACAACUUUUGGCUGCUGUACCGUAGAUUUUUGAUCUUUCAUUUGCACAGUGUGUGUUUUGUUCGAGACGUCGCAGAAAUAAGGUGCAAGUUCUAAUUGUGUUGAAGCGUUCGCUGCUGUUUUCUAAGUGUUCCAUUUUUUCAAGUGUCUAAGUAAAAUGAAACGUACCACAA